GCGGCGAAAGAAAGAGAGAGAGUGAGAGAGACACGCCCCCAGCUCAACGGCCGUCCCAUUCCCGGGCCAGAGAGCUCGGCGAGCGGUGGCGGCUGAGGUAGACUCUCCCCUCCCGGCGGAAAGAAAGCCAAGAGGGAAGCCAUGGCGUCCUCGCCGGUAGCGGUGUCCCCCGGGACAGCUCUCGACCCGGCUGGCGGCGAGCGGGAAAUCCCCUCGGAGCUCUUCCGUUGCUGGGGUUGCUUCAGCUUCCUGGGCGAGCCGGUGACGGCGCCGUGCGGGCACACCUACUGCCGCCGCUGCCUCCGGGAGAGGCUUCACGCCCGUUGCCGGCACUGCGGGGACCCGCUGGGGGGCACCACGGUCGCCGUGGUCCUGGCUCACUUGGCGGAGAAGUGGUUCCCGGAGGAAUGCGCCAGGGCUCGGACGUGGAGACGGCUGGCCGAAUUGCUCCGGCAGGGGCGGCCCCGUGAGGCUCGGGAAGCCGCCGACCAGGCGCUCCGAAAGGAUCCUGGUGAUUUAAUGUUACGAAUUUACAGAGCUGAAUCUUAUGCUAGUCUUCAAGAAUUUAAAUCUGCACUAGAUGAACUGAAUGCUGUUACGGCUAAAAUGCCAAAUUGGCCUGAGGUAUAUUUCAGAAGAGCAACAAUACUUAAUAAUGCUGGUUCAGUAGAAGACGCCUUAAAGGUCUUUCUUCAAUGCUUAUCCCUUGAUGAAGGAUUUGUUUUAGCAAAAGUAGAAGCAAAAAAGAUAUUGCGUAAUUUGCUGUCACCAGAAAACAUUAGUGAGACAUUGAAAGAAUCUGCUUUAAAUAUUUCAUAUAUUCGAAGUAAACAACUUAAACACAGCUCUGCAUUUGAAAUGGAAGACUCAUAUGAUUGUUUUCAGCUCACCCCAGUGUCAGUCUUAGAAGAGCCACAAGUUACACUAGACACUGUUGGAGGAAGUUUGCAACAUGCCCAGUCUGCAAAUUCUCUUGAUUCAGUAGAAAAAGAUGCCAAAGACGAUAUAUUAAAAAGAGUAUCUUCUGAACCAUUGCUUUCUGGCCAAGAGAAAGAAACUCCAAAAGGGAAUGCUACCUUUUCAAUCACCUGUGGAAUAGUUCCAGAAAAUUUGGUUGAUGUAACAGACUUUGAGUGCUCAUUGUGUUUGAGGCUUUUCCUUCAUCCUGUGACAACACCUUGUGGCCAUACAUUCUGCAAGAAAUGUUUACAACGCUGUUUGGACCAUGCUCCAGAGUGUCCCCUCUGUAAAGAAAACUUAAAAGAGUUUUUGGCACGUGGGGAAUACAGCACUACACAGUUACUAGAAGAACUAAUAUUGAAGUACUUGCCUACUGAAUUAUCUGAGAGAAAAAGAAUUAAUGACGAAGAAAUAGCUGAACUCUCAAGCUUGACUAGGAACGUUCCUAUCUUUGUUUGUACUUUGGCCUACCCAACUGUGCCUUGCCCCCUCCAUGUGUUUGAGCCAAGAUAUAGACUGAUGAUUCGAAGAAGUGUAGAAACUGGAACAAAACAAUUUGGGAUGUGUGUACAUGACCCCCAAAAUGGAUUUGCAGAUUUUGGCUGCAUGUUGUACAUUAGAAAUCUUGACUAUCUGCCAGAUGGGCGAUCGGUUGUCGACACAAUUGGAUUAAAGAGAUUCCGAGUUAUUCGAAGAGGGAUGAAGGAUGGUUAUUGCAUUGCAGACAUUGAGGAUUUAGAAGAUAUAAAGGUUAAAGAUGAAGGUGAGAUGAGAAAACUCCAAGAACUCCAUAAUAUUGUUUACAACCAGGCUUGUAGCUGGUUUCAAAGCUUAAGAAAUAAAUUUCAUAGCCAAAUACUUCAGUACUUUGGUCCAAUGCCAGAGAAGGAAGAAAACUUGCAGGAAACAGCUGAUGGACCUGCAUGGUGUUGGUGGCUUCUAGCUGUUCUUCCUGUGGAUCCUAAAUAUCAGCUUUCAGUGCUUUCUAUGAGGUCUUUGAGAGAACGUUUGAUAAAAAUUCAAGCUAUAUUGACCUAUUUUUCCAGAGACCAGUCCAAAUAAUUACCUGGACCUUAAUAUAACAGUAUGGCUGUAACGUCAGCUGAUUUUUUUUCUUGCAGAAUUUGCACUUUUAGUCCUGAUUUGAGAACUAUUAGGAAAUUUUUUCCUAUAUCAAUAGUUCAAUUAGAAGGAUGCCAUUAAUAUUGCAUGUACACAAUCUAGCAGCAAAAUAUUUAUUUGCACUAUAUACAAAUGGAAUGUAUAUUAUUGUCAAAAUUUUCCACUGACUACUAUGGUGGAAAGUGCAAGAUUCAAAAUUUGUCAGUUCAAGUUUACAGUAUUAAAGAUGAACUCAAAAUCUUGCAAAUCAGAAGUUGCCUCAGCUACAGCAGCAUCUUGUUGCUAUUUGCACAAUUAUUUAAAUGUAUUGUCUAUUUGUAGAGCAGAGUUCUACAAACUGUUUUAAGUAUUUAAUUGUAAAUUUGGCACAAUUUUCUUGUGAAAUUAUUACAUGAAUUUGGAGCCAUGUUAAAGAACAGUUGAAAAAUACUUCCAAGAAGCUGUUGCCACUGUGACUGGGUUAUAUAUAUGGUGUGACUAAAAUUAGACAUAGAUGACUACUAGUGUAUGUUAUUUAGAAUUAAUUAAAAGAUUAAAUGAUCUAUUCAGUAUAUAACAAAAAAAGCUGACAUAGCAACACUGUUGGGCCCUGAUGAUGAAACUUUUAACAGGCUUCAUGGACUCCCAUUGAGAGGAAGAACUAGGUCACCUCUCUUGACCUCACUUCUGUAAGAAAUAAUUUAUCUACAUCUGUUUCAUGUCUGAUGAAGCCUCCAUAGUUGGAGCAUAUCAGAGACAGUCAAGGGAGCUGUCUUAACCCCCGUUUUAAUAUUUUCUAAUGCUAGAAAGAACUAAGGUUGGUGGUACCAGGAGGACAUUUUCAGAGUCAAGAUUUCUUCCUCAGUUUGGAUCUUUUUCUCCAACAUUGGAUGGAAAAAUCUAGUGUAUCCAAUACUUUCUGGAAUAUGUCUUCUCUUAAAACCUUAGGUUCGCAGUAACAAAGAUUAUUUUUAAAUUUACACACAUAUCAAAUCUACGUACGUCUGCAUUUGGAAAAAUAAUCACAAAUUUUUAAAAAAUUGUUGCUGUGUCACUGUACUCUUAAAUGUAAGAUGUUCAUGUUUGGGAACUACUGAAGUAUGCUUUUUAAAAUAAUUUCUGGAACACAGAAGUUUGAAAAUGCAGAUUCCCAUGCCUUAUUCAUAUCAAAUUGUACUGCAACACACAAGAUGGCAGUCUGCUUGCCAAUAGGUUCAUUUUGUAGUUUCUCAAAUGUCUGUCUCGAUUGUGAUUCAUUUUAUAAAGUUAUUGUUAAAAAUCUUGCUUUUGCUAAUAUUUAAUUUUCAAUAAACUUAAAAUUUAUAUUUUUAACUG